GAGAGGGACUCGCUGACCGCAGUCAAAAACAAUCAAGAUAUCAUCACAUAUCUGCGCGAAUACAUGCUGAUACCACGGUGGUUUUGAUGUUUUGGUUUAGGUUUACAGAGAAUAUGUAAAAAACUAGGAAAAAGUAGGAAAAAGUGAAAGUAAAGCGUGAACACGGCUCAGAUCGCUAUAGGCUAUUAGCUAUAAAGUAACAUUAGCUAUAUAAAAUUAAGAUUUGGUUUUAAGCGAGGCAGAUUAAGUUUACAUGUUUUGUGCUCUCAUUGUUUUAAUGCUAAAAUUGUAUUCCGAAUAAUAGGCUAACACAUGCGGUAUAGAUUAGGCCUAAUAUUUGUUGUUUAGUGUCACAGUUGUGUUUUCUCAGGACCUGUCAGCGCUGACUGUGGCAUCAAAACUAAAAGAUAACGUUCUUGAGGACCAAACAAAAAUGAAUAAUCGGUCCACAGAGUCGUGUUCUUUACUUACUGAUGAAGAAACUUCUAAAGAGGAGAUCCAAACUUUGAAGUCUUUAAUGCAAGAAAGCUUAAAAAAGCGAUAUGAAGACACUCUAAAGGCUCCAAAUGACAUUCCACUGAAGAUGUAUGUGUCAAACAGGACACAUUUGGAUGGCCAGAUGGCCCAUGAGAUGCGUGAGCUGGAAAGACCCUACAAUGAGGACAUUAAAGAUGAAAAUGUCAUUAAUUAUGAUGAUCUCCUGAAGCCUCAUUCUUCUACAGACCAUAUCCGCAGCAUUAUGAUGAGAGGAAUAUCUGGAUCUGGCAAGUCAACAGCUGUGACGAAGUUUGUUUUAGACUGGGCACAUGGCAGAACACACCAGCACAUUGAUUUUGUGUUUCCUCUUCACCUGUGUGAGCUGAACAUACUACAUGACAAAAAACUCAGCCUGAUAGAGCUCUUGGAUCUGAUCUUUCCAAAGUUACUCAACCCAGAGACCCUUGAACGGUCUCAGAUUCUGUUUAUUUUGGAUGGACUAGGUGAAUUUAGAUUUCCUCUUAAUUUUAAGUGCACCAAGACAUGCGCCAACUCAGUGACACCAGUUUCUGUAGGCUGCAUACUGGUGAAUCUUCUCAAAGGGAACCUUCUUCCCUCUGCCCAGAUCCUGGUCACUUCAAGGCUAAAAUAUGCAGGUCUUAUUCCUCCAGAACAUAUACAGAAGGGGGUUGAACUUCAUGGGUUUGAUGACUUACAGUGGGAAGAGCAUAUCAGAAGUGAAUUGUAUGACCGAACCAUUGCAGUAAGAGCCACUAUUCACGUGAAAUCAUCCAGAUCCCUGUACAUCAUGCGCUCCUUGCCAUUCUUCUGUCAGAUGGCUUCCACUGUUUUGGAAGAACUUUUCAGUAAUAGUUACAACACAAAUCAUCCUCUCACCUUGACCGAGAUUUUCACACAUUUUCUUCUGAUUCAAAUGAAGAGACAUGUGGAAAAGUCUUCUAAAUCAGGCACUGAGGAGAUCCUGAAGUUGGGUAAGCUGGCUUGGCACAUGCUGGAAAAGGACACAUCGACCUUUAUGGAGAAGGACCAGAGAGAAACCAAUACAGAUCCUUAUCUUCCUGUCAAACUCUCUGAAGACUGGCCCAUGUUCUUCAGAAAUCAGAACAUGAUGGGUUUAGGGAAAAUGUACCGCUUCACACAUCCCAGCGUCCAAGAGUUCCUGGCAGCAUUGUAUGUUGCUGUGCAUUAUGAACCCAGCAAGGGAAAUGUAAUGUUUUUUACACUUGCAGAAAAAGCACAAAAGUUGCUCAAUCCUACAGAAGUACCAGUUGAUCUGCACAGAAGGGCAGUGGACAGAGCAUUAAGGAGCAAAACUGGCCAACUAGACAUAUUUCUUCUCUUUCUCUUGGGCAUCUCUGCAGGUCCAAGCAACAAGCUCCUGUCCUGCUUUUUCCAAAAUACAUCUCUUCAUGUAAGGAAAGAGGAAGUAGUCCAAAAUAUUUUACAGAAAGUCAAGGCAAAACCAUUAUUUGAGAUCUCUGUUAAUCUCUCUUGCUGUUUGGAUGAACUUGACGUAGCCCUGCCUGUGGAUAGCAAUCAUGGCCCGAUUAAAUUUCAGAUAGAUGAGGAUGUGCACAUUACUCCUUCAGAGUGGUCAAAUAUAGCGACUACUCUGCUGACCUCUGAGGAUACAUCACUGAUAUUCGAUGUCAGUAAAUAUGCUAAUGUAGAUGAAGCCAUUAUGAGACUGCUGCCCGUCAUCAAGAUCUCCAGAGUCCUCAGACUGGAUAGGCUCACGAAUCGGAGCUGGGAACUAAUCGUGUCAACUCUGAGAUCACCAGCCAAUUGUAUCAGAGAGAUUGACAUUGAGAAAAAGGCUCUCAUUUAUUUAAAAUUGGAUCUAUUAUCCGUUGGUAUGAGAAACCCUAAUUGCAAAGUGGAGAUACUCAGGACACCAUAUUAUAGUUAUCCUAAAGAUGCUGAUCCUUUGUUCUCUGGGAUCUUACUGAACCCAACACAUUUGAGAGAGCUGAAGCUGCUGGAGUCAUUCUGCCUGAGUGACAGGGCAGUGGAGAGCAUCUCUCAAAUCUUAAUGAACCCGGAUUGUCAUCUCGAGAAACUCAGUUUACAAGUAAUGGAAAGCUUAGAGGGUUGUCAGAAAUUGACCUCAGCUCUCUGUAGCAGUUCUUGUUGUCUGCAAGAGCUGGACUUGAGAAGAUACUUUCCGAGAGAUGAAGAUCAGGAUUUACAGCUUCUGUCGAAGGCAUUCAGGCACCCGAACUUCAAAGUAACAGUUCUGAGGUUGGAAAUCCAUUCUGUAGAGCAGGAAACAUUAUCAGCAUUAUUCUCUGCUUUUCAAAAGAACCCUUCACACCUGAGAGAGCUUGAACUAAGUUUAUUAAUACCAAUGAAUCUUAAACUUCAGCAACUUUUCUCUUUGCUGGCGGAUCCUUGCUUCAAACUAGAGACACUGCGGAUAGUUCUCCCACGAUUACACACACCUGAUAAUCAGCUCUCCUCUGAACCUUUGCUCAGCUGUGCUGCUUUUCAUAGAUUGUGCUGGUCAUUAUGGAAAUGUACCUGCCAGCCCUUAGUUCAAUUAAAGGAUAAUUCUCUUGAAACUCUGGCUUCAGCUCUUGGAUCUUGCAGCCUCAAAUCUCUGGAUCUCAGCAUGUGUGGCCUAACAGAUUCUUCUGUGGAGCUGCUCUCUGCUGGACUGAGUAACCCUGGCUGUAAACUGGAGAUACUCAGGAUGACACACUGCAGCAUCACAGAAGCAGGAGCUGCUUGUUUGGCGAGGGCUCUGUCUUACAACCCAUCACACAUGCGGGAAAUAGACUUGAGCAUCAACCCUGUUAAAGGCCCAGGAUUUGACCAGCUCACAUCUGUUUUGGAUGAUCCAGCAACCCGAUUAGAGAAACUAAUAGUGGAUGGCCUAGAGGAGCAACGGGACAUAGAAACUCUACGCCAAUAUGUGUGCCAGCUGUCGUGGGAUCCCAACACAGCUUCUUCAAGUGUGCAGGUGUCAGAGGAAGAUCAGGCUCUUGUGAAUCGUCGCAGAACCCUAGCACCUCCUCCACAUCAUCCCGAGAGUUUUAAAGAUCUAGACCAAAUCAUGAGUCGGGAAGGUCUGAGCAGCCGUCAUUUCUUCCAGCUGGAGUGGUUUGGCAGGUGGGCCACUGUAGGAAUGGCCUAUAAAGACAUAAGCAGGAAGGGAAGUUUAGCAGCCUCUAGCAUUGGACUUAAUAAUAAAUCCUGGGGCAUUUUUGCGAGGACCCCCUUGCCCAGAUGUAAUGCUCUUCAUGGAGGAGUAGAGAUGAGGCUUCCUGACUGCUCACCUUGGAGAGUCGGGGUCUAUCUGGACUGGGCGGCAGGAACUCUGUCCUUUUACAACACUACAUAUGACAAGGCUGAACUCAUCCACACUUUCCAUGCCAAGUUUUCUCAGCCUCUUUUUCUGCUGGUCAGCAUUGGUGCUGGAGUUAAGAUCCUACCGGACAUGCCUCCUCCUCUCUGUGUCCAUGACCAUGAUCCUUGGGAUAUGUUAAGGGGCUUCAAGGACUGCAAGGGAUGUAACGGAUCAAAGGCUUGGUAGAUAAACUGAUGUGCUCUCCUUUCAUGAAAUAGCUGAUGAUAGUGUUUGUUUCCUUGUAUUUUGGAUUAACAGACUUUAGAAAAGACUUUAUUUAAUGUCUUUUGAUAGUGAGAGCAGAGGGGGCCGUUGUCUUACAAAACCUGAUCUUAAAGAAAAUUAACAUUCUGUCAUCAUGUACUCACCUUCAUGUUAA